AUGAGACUUUCAUCACGAAAGGGGGCUUCGCUUCGAGAAGAAUUACGUCUACACUCCUACUACAUCCGUGACACCCUCGUCCCACGCCUCGCCAAGGAACCCAAGCUAAACCAAUCUGACUUUCUCUGCCUACAAUCCAUCUUCAAAACCCUCGAUGCAGUCCCAAUGACACUGGACCUCCUCCGCUAUUCCCGUAUCGAAAAAGCGCUAAUGCUCAUGGCAGCCACAAGGAAUGUUUGCUGGCCAAUGGAUGUACUGGUUCAUGCAGGAGACUUGAUCACAAAAUGGGAAAACGAGCUGGGACCGUUGAAAUACCUCAGAGCUGAUCUCUACGGUCCAGGAGGGAGAAUGGAGGGAGUGAGGAAGAUGAGCUGGAAAGAUGGACGUGUACCGGACGAUCUUGGUCUGUUGAGGGAGCACCGAAGCCAUCUCGAGCACACGCCUUCGGUCACCUCGGCUUUGAGGUCGGCGAGUACGUCCUCCCUCACUAUGAUCCCUAUGAAGCCCUUACCUGACAUCCUGAACAGCUGGUGGCUCAAGCCUGCAGCUGCGUACCGCGACGGCAUCGUCGACGAGACCUCUCACGGCAUCACCGCCAACGAAAACGGCGCCUACGCCAUCGUCCUGACAGGCAGCUGCGAGAUAGAUCUCGGGCGAGACGGUGAGAUCAGAUACAAAGCCGCGGUGAGCGAUCCUGGGGUGUUCAGGCUCACGAAGACGAUGCUGCGCGCAGAUCCAGAAGAGAAAGUCGUGCGAGUGCUCAGAAGCUGGAAAUUGAGGAGCAAGAUUGCGCCAAAGGCUGGAUUGAGAUAUGAUGGCCUGCACGUUUCCCGUCCCUCCAAGGGGAGCCCCACUAACACCAGAGAUUGCCACAGCUACCGCGUCCUCUCCUUCUCCGUCCACCUCUCUCAACCCAACACCUGGCAAACAGCAUUCACCCUCUCCCGCCUCCCAACCCAACUCUCCCUCCUUCACGCCCUCCACAUCCCCACCUCGGACCAACUCGACGACUGGAAAGACUACCAGCGACUCAAGCUCGUCGACCGCGGCGAAGAUUUUGAAAUGCUACGGGAUAUGCUCGCGCAACGGGGAGGAGCGGGUGAAGAGGUGGGAGAUGGUGGAGGUCUGAACGAUGAAAGACACGGCAGUGUGGACAGUGGAUAUUUUUCGAGGAGGAGUUCAAAGGCUAUCAGUAUUGGCGGUGGUGGUAGGAGGGACUCGAUCCUCAUAGAAGAGAUGGGGGAGACGGUUAAGGGGGGAGAUAACAAGGAAGACGAUGAGGGGGCCGAAGAGGCAGAUGACGAGGGAGUGGGUCUGGAAGACCUCGAAGAAGUAGAGGAGGAGGAAGAGGAAGAGGAGAACGACAGGAAAGGAAAAGUUCUCAACAGCAACGGCGACGAAGACGGGGCCAAAAAUGAGCGCACAGCACACCCCAAUGCCACCCGGACACCGACGCCCGAGCACCUCAGCCACGCCUUCCCACAACCCCGCAUCGGCACUCGCUUCGUCUCGCCCCGGAAGCCUGCGGCUUGA